AUGGAUGCCGCUCUUAACCAAUUCGGCAGCCUUUGGCUGUCGCUAUACAGCAGGGGCCAGGUACAACAGAGCCGACAACUAUACUCGAGAACCCCCGAUAGCAAUCCUUCCGAAGUUGCGUGGAUUAUUAAUGUUGCUGAAUUCUCCCGCUCCGGCUUUCUUCAAAGCGUCAUCCUUAUCACUUCUGCAACUUGGUUGUCAUGUCGCCUGCGCAGACUUCCCGUCAUCACGCUCGACUCAAUGUCCAGGUUAUCCACCAAAAGAUGGAUUUACGAACUCUUAUCGUACACGACUCGGGCAGCCGCGCUGCUUCUCCUCGCCUUCGCUUAUGCUGAGGGUCAGGUUCACUUUCUUACUCUCGUUGUCGUAGCCUAUGCCCAGAUUCUGGGUUUGUUCCGUCUGGCAGAUGAUGUACAUUGGCGCCAUAGUGUUCUACAUCAAUUGAACUUCGUUACCACCGCCAUCUCACUUGUCCUUGCGACAGCGCACAUCCUCCCUUGCGUUCAAAUAGGUUCCUCACAAUGCACAACAGACGCUGGAAUCCUGGGAGGCAUAUCUUCGCUUGCCGUUGCGAUCUUAGUCGCCUCAAUUACUCCAAGGGAAUGGGUACCAUCUAACAUUGACCUCGAAAUUGGCACCAAUACAACAAAACGAGCUCCGGCCCCGGAAGAGACUUGCAGCUGGUUCAACUACUACUGUACUUAUGGAUGGUUUACCCCAUUAAUCUGGAAGGGCGUGACACACAAAUUGGAUGUGAAUAGUAUCCCAACACUGCCUUGGUACGACGAGCCAAUGUACCUGCUGCGCAAGAUACAAAGUGCGCGCGCCAUCUCUAUGACGACCUUCUGGACAGUCUUGCGCUUUCAACGGAAAGAGCUCAUAUUUAUGGCGCUUUGGAUUGCCGCCAGCUCCUGCUUAGAGAACGUUGCACCGUUUGCAAUGUUCCAACUACUUAAACAUAUUGCAAAUCCAAUGGCGGCCACUUAUCACCCUGAGGUUUGGCUAGUUCUCUUGUUUAUCGGCCCAAUAACCCGCUCAGUCUCGUUCCAGCAAUACUUGUUUAUCUCUACCAGAUUUAUCGUCCGUGUCAAGUCAGCUAUGACUCAAGAAUUAUAUCACAAGGCCUUGGAUUCCAUGGAGCUGGAGGAAUGUAUAUUCAGUACGGACAAAAACAACAGCAACGGCACCACUAAACAGCCUAAAGUGGCUCAAAAGUCAUCAUCAACCGGGCGCCUGGCAAACCUAAUGGCGGCUGAUAUAGAUGCCAUCUAUGGAGCCCGUGAUAUUAUCAUAGCUGUUGUUGGAGUCCCAAUUGGAACGGCCAUCUCUCUUGGUGGACUUUACAAGAUGAUGGGCUGGGUAUCUAUUGUCGGGAUUAUAAUUAUACUUCUUGCAACACCAUUGUCUAUACUCUUGGGCAGACUGAUGUACAAGUUUCAAAAACGGGUUAGACAAGCUCAGGAUACCCGGAUAUCGUUAAUUACAGAGUACAUAUUCUCUAUUCGAGCCAUUAAGUUUCUAGCAUGGGAGGAUGCUAUGACGAACAAGGUUGAUGAUGCAAGAUCCAUAGAACAGAAGUGGUUAUGGAGAGUCGCUAUCCUGCAAACUAUCAUUAACCUUAUCACUCAAGCAUUUCCCUAUAUCGGCUUGUUGGUUAUGUUUGGACUCUAUGUGGGCAUGGAGAAGCGCCGUCUUGAUGCCUCGACUGCUUUCACAGCAAUUAUUCUUGUCAAAAAUAUUCGGAAGAACGCAAGGUCGGUUAGUGCAAACUCGAGAAAAUUUACUGGCGCAAUUGUUGCCUUUAAAAGAUUAGACAAAUAUUUUGAGAGCACUAUUCCUCUCGCGCGACAUCCCAUUGGACCUUUGAGAAUCCAAAACGCUUCAUUUCGUCGGAACAACACGAAUACAAGCCAACUCCAAGAAAUAUCCCUUGAUUUCGUUGAAGGGAAACUGAACGUCAUUACCGGCCACAGUGGAAGUGGGAAAACGACCCUUUUGCUAUCGAUACUAGGCGAAACUCACAUGGAAAGCGGAUCCUUGGUGACGCCAAGGGAUAUCGCGUUCGCAUCACAGUCUGCAUGGCUGCAAAGCGGUACAAUUCACGAUAACAUUCUUUUUCAUACUGCUAAAGAUAAAACACGCUAUGAUCCUGUUAUUAAAGCUUGUUGCUUGGACUUGGACUUCAAGAAGAUGCCGAGUGGUGACAUGACUAUUAUAGGGGAAAACGGCACAUCAUUGUCUGGAGGUCAAAUGGCGCGAGUUGCCCUUGCAAGAGCUUUAUAUUCACAGUCAUCACUUCUGCUCCUAGAUGACAUUUUCUCAGCUCUUGAUGCAAAGACAUCCGCGGAGGUAUGGAAGCACUGCUUUUGUAGCAAUCUUCUUGAUAAAAGAACGACUAUUCUGGUUACUCAGGUUCCGUGGAUUAUUUCACAGGCGAAUCUAGCCAUCGAGCUUGACAAAGGUCGAGUCAAGAGCGUUGAAGCUAACAUUGAAGCCAUGUGUCGGCCGAUAACCAUUGCUGAGCAUCUCGAGACUGGAGACUCUGGGGCCAAAGAGGCUAUUACGUGGGAAUCAAAUGCCGAAUUGAGCCGAAAUCAACCGUCAGGGGUUGCAGAUGAUAACACUGCCAAAGAAGUUGUGAAUCAAGAAAUGAAAGCGUCCGGAAAAGUUGGUCGUCUGGCAUUCUUUCAAUACAUGAAGAACUUUGGUAAUCCAAUUUUAAUCGCCGCCUGCUUAUUUUGCUCGCUAUUACCUAACGGGUCCUUCUUCUUAUCGAGCUACUGGAUGUCUAUUUGGGUACAGGCUUAUGAGCACGAGGCUCAUAUCAAUAUCGCAUAUUACAUGAGCAUCUACGCACUCUUCACUUUUCUAGGGAUUUUGGCCGUUGGCGCUACGACUGUCACAUUUGAAUGGGGUGGAUGGUGCGCUGCCCACAAUAUUCACAAAGCCUUUAUUCAUUCCGUUAUGAACGCACCUCUAUCGUGGUUUAAAGCAGUGCCUCUUGGCCGAGUUACGAAUAGAUUCUCUCGCGAUAUGUCCUCGAUUGACAGAUCCUUAAGCUCCAUGCUUCGAUUCACUCUUGGUUCUAUUAUUGCGUUGUUGUUUCGCGUUGCAGCUGUCAGUUCGCUACUUCCGAUUUUGAUACUGCCCGUGCUAGGUGCAUCUGCCAUCGGCAUUAUUGUGGGCGAAAUGUAUGCGCGAACAGCUGUUAUUCUUAGACGACUGACCUCUGCUGCUAACUCACCUAUCUUCUCGCACUUCGUUAGUACACUAGCCGGCCUACAUGUUAUUAGAGCUAGAGACGGCAUGCACGAAGCUUUUGGUGAAGACUUGGCGACCAAACUCAGAGUGUGGACUGCCGCAGCCGAGGCUAAUUUUAACUCCAAUCGAUGGGUGGCCUUGCGAGUCAGCCUUGUAACCGCUCUUAUUUCUGUGCUCACCGGAAUUAUUGCCCUUUCAAAAGUUGGCGUGAUUAGUGCAGGCCUAGUCGGUUUUUCACUUCUAAACUCCGUUAGACUGAGUCAAAGCGUUAUGACACUGGUGCGAGCCGUGAAUGAUCUUGACAUUGAAAUGCAAAGUUUUCAUCGGGUAAAAGAAUAUGUCGACGUUCAAUCGGAAGACAAGGAUGACGAGCCUUUUGUAGAUGAAGGGAGUUUCGACGAGCGGCAUUGCCUGGUUCACAGCAGAGAUGUGAUCCCAAACGAAUGGCCACGGUCCGGCGAGAUAGAAUUUCGUAAUGUAACUGUUCGAUACGAAGAUGGUCCGAACAUUUUGACGGACAUAAAUCUAAAGUUUAAAGCUGGUGAGCGGGUGGCGAUUAUUGGGCGAACUGGCUCAGGCAAGACUACCCUCAUCCUGUCACUACUCCGAUUCACUAAUGUUGUUUCUGGUCAAAUUCUCUACGACGGAAUUGACAUCACAAAGACUUCGAGGCGCAGAUUACGCCAGAGUAUCACAAUCAUCCCGCAGGAACCCACGCUGUUCAGCGGAUCAGUACGAUCAAAUCUUGAUCCAACAGGCUUCGUUCCUGGAGACAAUAUUUCGAGGGUUUUCAACAGCUGCAAAGAUAUUGCUUCCCUAUCAGGCAAUAGAUCAUCCGACCAAGAGAUCAGCCACGAACCUAGCCAAGGCAUUUUUCCAUCAACGGAGGUGGACGCUCGCGGAGAGAAUUUCUCGCAUGCCCAGCGUCAGGUAUUAUCACUCUGCCGUGCAUUAAUCAGAAAGAGCAAGCUUAUGCUGCUAGACGAGGCUACGGCAAGCAUGGACUAUCAGGCAGAUCAGGGCGCCCAAAAGGUUCUUCGUCGGGAGCUUGACAUGACGGGGGAUACCACGCUAGUGACCGUUGCACACCGGCUGAGGACGAUCUUAGAUUACGAUACCAUUGUGGUUAUGGAUUCAGGUAGAGUAAUUGAAUGCGGCUCGCCUCACGAUUUGUAUGAUGCUGGAGGGCAAUUUCACGAUCUGGUAUACCACAGUGGUGAGUCAGCAGAAUUGCAGGGGAUGUUAAAGAAGAAGUAAUGUAGAUUUGUGUCUGUCCAUACCGUGUGUUCAGAUUUUGGCUUUCAGUUGUACUUGGCUUUUGAAGCGUUAGAAAACGCUCUUACAAGAAUACGCCUACUAAAUCAAAAAAAAAAUUCGGCGAUCCAGCACAUGUAUUUUCCAUAGCCAGACAUCAAUCGCCGAAAAGCCCCUGCUUCAGAUCUAAUACCCUUAUCCUUUAAUUUUUUAACAUCUGCUCAACAUCUAGCACACUCAUAAGUCGAAGUCUCCCACCACAGUCUCGGCUCGCACUAAUUGCAUACCACUAAAACCGCCUGUUUGCUCAGCUAGUUUCUCGACUACCAGGCGAGCUAGAGGUUGUGUAUAGAAGGCGAGGAGCCUUGUCAGAUGUAUGUUAAGGGAAGAAGGGAGGCGCGACCACCAUUAACACUUAAGUUCUAGCGAGCUGGUGAGAAAACGGAGGAAGAAUGGACUGGGCCUUUAUAUGAGGGCGGGCGGCGAUUUGACUUAAACCGGCGUCUAAAUAUAAUAAGCGCGAUUAUAUUUGGUUUAGGAUAAGUUCAUUAGCACUUAAAUCAUAACCUAAAUCAGAGAG